CCACGUGGGUGGCGAUCGGGCGGCGUGGCCUCAGCCGACGGGACUGUGCCGCGGUUGUGGGACCGCCAUCUGCAGAGGACUCGAGAUGACCACCGAGGAACCUCUUCCCAAAAAGGUUCGCCUGAGUGAGACAGACUUUAAAGUCAUGGCCCGAGAUGAGUUAAUUUUAAGAUGGAAACAGUAUGAGGCUUACGUGCAAGCUUUGGAGGACAAGUACACAGAGUUGAACUCCAACAUAACCGGCUUGAGGGAGUCAGGGGAGAAACUGAGGCAGCAGCAGCAAGCGUCUGCAUACAGAAAAGACAUCCUGGUCAUGCGCCUGGCAACCAAUGAGCAAGAGAUAGAGGAGUAUUAUGCUCAGAUCCAGCACCUCCAGCAGCCCGGUGCUGGCCAGCUGGCAUCAGCCCUGGCAGACCCCGCCAUCAACUUCUUCUUCCUCAAAAUGAAAGAUGAGCUGGAAAACACCAAAACCAAACUGGGAGAAACCCAGGAUGAACUGAGCGCCUGGAAGUUCACUCCGGCCAGCCAGACAGGCAAAGACCUGAUGGCGAGAUGCCGCAUGCUCAUCCAGGAAAAUCAGAAGCUGGGAAGACAGGUGAACCAGGAACUCAUUGCACAGCUGGAAGCAGAGCUGGCUCUCCAGAAGAAAUACAGCGAGGAGCUUAAGAGCAGCUCGGAUGAACUGAGUGACUUCAUCGUUCAACUGGAGGAAGAAGUGGAGGACAUGCAGAGUACCAUUCUGGUUCUUCAGCAGCAACUGAAGGAGACUCACCAGCAGCUGGCUCAGUACCAAGAGCAGCAGCCUCCAGCCCCAGCCCCAAGCACCAGCAGGGCAACGCCUGAACCUGAGGGACAGGCAGAGGCCCCAGGUAAAGACUGCAGUCCGCUGGCCAAUGGGUCAAGCCAUGGCAGUUCCUCCCCGCUGAGGACACCUGGGUCUGGAUGUCACAGGGAGGGGGACAUAACCGAAGAUGGCUUUCCUUCUUCUCCAGGGACCAGUAAUAAGGACUCCCCCAGCUCAGAGGGACAUGAAAAAGGAGUCUCUCCCACGGGUAGUGAAAACGCUCCCACACCACAAAUGACAGACUCCAAUCAUGACCCUCCAGAGGAGAAAACAGUGAGUAGGAAAGGUAACUGAACUGUUGGUUGCUGCCAUGUUCAGAAUGGCUUGGACUCAAGUGUAAAU